AUGUUUCAAUGAUAGCAUAAACCUAUAAACGGGAGCAUACUGAUCUAUUCAUUGCAGACAAGGUAAUUGCUUACGGUAAUCCUGUAAUCUGAAAUGCAGCCCCGGCGAGGGAAUAAGGUGUGCCAGUAGGCAUUGACCCAAUUAGGUCGUCUAUUCCACUUUCUUCCCCUCAGGGUAAUUGUGGAGAAUCCUAGUACUCCUCCAUCUUAACUUACAUCUACAUUCAUUCCUAGUUCUGUAGUUGCAUACCUUACCUGCAUACUAUAUGUAAUUGCAUAUCUAGACAUGGAAGGCGACUCCAAUUUUUCUUGCUUAACAUAUGAAAAUGUUUUGUCAAAAGAAGAUUCGUGGACAGACAAUGAAAUUAUUUGGUUAAUGGGGAAAAAAUAUGUCCUGCCAAAUGAUAGAGAACAGUUUUGCGAGGCAGCAAAAUCCAAACUAUGGUUUACAUAUCGAAAAGGAUUUGAUUCGAUUGGUGGGACAGGACCAACCAGUGAUUCAGGUUGGGGAUGUAUGUUGCGCUGCGGCCAAAUGAUGCUGGCUCAAACUUUGCUUAGGUUAAAAAUGUCUCCACAAUGGAAGUGGCGACCAAACGAACUUCAGUCGUCUAAAUAUUAUGAAGUAUUGAAAGAUUUUGCAGAUGAACGAACAAGUUGUUACUCAAUACAUCAAAUUGCACAAAUGGGAGUGCAAGAAGGAAAAGAAGUCGGUCAAUGGUUUGGCCCGAACACGAUUGCUCAGGUCCUAAAAAAAUUGUCUGCAUUUGAUAACAAAAAUGACAUCACUGUUUAUGUUGCGAUGGACAACACAAUAUGCACGAAAGAUGUGGAAAAAUUAUGUCUGAACUCUUCCGUUGAAAACAGUGCAACUUCGUUCUCUAUCUCUAAUGAACAGGAAGAUCAACCUUCAUCAUCGUGUCUUACAAAUACAGCCAAAUUAUGGAAACCUUUAGUUUUAUUUAUUCCCCUACGGCUUGGACUAUCAGAGAUAAAUCCAGUAUAUUUUGAAAAUAUCAAGGAAUGUUUAACUUGGAAAGAGAGUGUUGGAAUAAUUGGUGGAAAGCCCAAUCAUGCAUAUUAUUUCAUUGGACAUACAAACACUGAUUACAUGGUCUUCCUUGACCCACAUACUACCCAACCAGCUGCUGUAUGGGAUGAUAAAAUAGUUGAAAUAGAACAUGACAAUUCUUAUCAUUGCGAGUAUCCUAGUAAAAUGCCAAUGUCCCACCUUGAUCCUUCUUUAGCGUUAGGAUUUCUAUGCAAAACUAAGGAAGAAUUUGAAGGAAUAUGUGAGAGAGUAAAAACACAGAAGUCAUCUAAAGAAAGCUUACCAUUAUUUGGUGUUGUUGAAUCAUUUCCAACAUGUACUGUAGUAGAAUCGAAAGUGGUUUCUGUGUCGGCUCAUAACCUUUUUAAAAAAAGAACUGGAGAUAUGACUGAGGAUGAAAAUGCAUGUUUAACUCUCGAUUCCGAUGAAGAUUUGGAUGAUGUUGAUGAGGAAUUUGAGAUUCUAGAGAUUUUAUGAAAAAAGACUUUACUAAUUUCAUAUGUAAUUAUUUUUAUUCUGAACGAUUGGACUUUUUCGUGAUAUUCUGACCAAAAGUACAUUUUACUAAAUUUAAAUUUGUGUUUCCUGAGCACAUUUUAGAUAUGCUUUUGUUAAUUGAGAAAUACUCUACUUUCUUGUGCAACUCGACAAUCCUCUUAGAGUAUAAAAUAAUUAGCCAUGAUAUAAUUGAGACUGUUUCUUUAUGAUUCUAUUUUUCACCAUUUCAUAUUUAAAUAUGGACUGAUUGCAUAUAAACUUUGCAGUACGGUCUUAAAUGCCCACCCCUGGUGUAAACUAUUCGGUUUACCCGGUCGGAAAUAUCUCAGAUGUAGAAUUAUAUUAUGUAGCAGGUCUUAAUUUUUCAAAUUUACUUAAAAUGGUGUGCUUUUCUUUACAACUUUAUACAUGCCUAUGUGUAUAUUCAUGAAUUGUUUAUGAUUUUUUUCAUCUAACCCAGGGCUUCCCAAACUGGGGUCCGCGGACCCCUGGGAGUCCAUGAUAACUGCACAGGGGGUGCAAUGCAAUGAUAUGAAAAGAGUGUGAUCAAUCUUUAAUGAUUGAUUUCAGUCAAAAAGCCUUCGCGUCUUUUUGUUUGAGCGAUGUGACAAAUAUCCAUUGCUGUCAAAAAUUAAAAUUAUAUUGCCUUCUGCAACGACCUACAGGUGUGAGGCAGCAAUUUCGGCUCUUAACAAUUAAUGACAAAAUGCAGCUCGAGACUUACUGUAGAGUCGGACCUAGUUUGCUUGUAACAAAUUGCCCUGAGAAUUGAUAAAUUGUGCAGUGAAAAACAGCAUGCUGAUUUUGUAUGCAACAUCUAUUACAUUAAUGACGUUUGUGUUGUAAAUGAAACGAUAUCCCCCCUUCUUGGUUAGGCACAGAAAUUGAUAUGGAAUAUGAUGGCGGGCCGUCAAAAAUAAGAUUCACAAACAGGGUCUGCGGCCCAAAAAGUUCGGGAAACCCUGAUCCAACCUAUUAAUGUGUUGAAAUAAUUCUAAUGAAUUUUACAAUAUUUUUUAUGAUGAUGUGAAAAAACAUGUAAAUAAAAAUGAAACAAAACAUGCUGCUAAAGGGAAUUGUUCAUUGUUUCCAGUACAAUACAAUUUCUUUAAAUAUGUCUCUAAACUUAUUUUUAAGGUAGUGAGUAAUGUCAUUUUCUAUAUUCUUAAUAAAUUGAUGUUAUUAAAUACUCCAGGGAAACUGGUUGAUAUUGAAAUUGUAUUUUACAUAAUUUGUUUUCAAGUUUUUCUUUGUCAUGUUAGUGUUCAAAUUUAUUUCAUUUUAUUAAAUCCUUACAAAUAUAUCUUAUGUUAUGAUGGAUGUAAAUUUCACUGUUAUAUAUACGACA